CUGCAAUCGGCACUCUGAAAGCAGCGGCACCUCCGGACUUGCCAGCUUUCCUACUGGUCCUCUUUCCCCCGCUCUCUCCAGCGCCGCCGGUACCUCCGGUACACCCGGUGAUGGCGGUAACUUCUACGCAGCCGCUGCCGCGGCUGCAAUGGCGGCUGCCGCCGUGGCCUCUUGGGGAUCCUCCUCAGCCUCGGGCUCCCCGCAGGCCUCCAGCUUCCCCGGCUGUUUCGCUUCCGGUUCUGGCGUUGGUGCCGGGACUGGUGGUGGUGGUGGCUCGUCGUCGUUGCCCAGUACACCAGGCGGGGCGCCUGCCAAUUCACCGGGCGACCUGUUUUCAAGUGGUCUGGGAAAGGCGGCAACAGGAACGAUGGGACCCGGUUCGAAGGCUUCCAGCAAUGCCAGCAGUUCAGCAGCCACUAGUCCCUAUUCGCCAAGUAUGGUGCGUAUGAAAGCCUGUAUGCCUGCGGUUCCUGGGGCGGUAGAACCGGUGGAACGGAAUGUAGAAUGUGAGACUACUUGUACAGA